CACACACUCUGCAUUUCACUCAACGCAAAACCCAUCAAAAAAGCACUGCGAGUCCAGUCGCCGCACGGGAACAUUCCCUCCGCCAGCCAGCAAACCGCCCACCCAGCCCUAUUUCAACGUCGCACUCCCGCGGCCUGCCCCAAACCGCCACCUCGCCCUCUGGCACCCUGCACGCACCAAACAACCACAGCGUCGUCCGACAACUGCGGUAUAUGUAUUCGCGCCAAAGGAACGCCUUCCGACUCGAACCUCCUCCGAAGCUGCAACCAUUUCGCAGUACGCGGAACCCUAGCAGUGUGCACCACUGCACCAACGGCUAGCCUACACCACCGCUGACUACGCGCCUGGCACCCCCCGUACACAUUUCCUAGAGCCUGCAUCUACUGCAUGUCUCUUUCGGCCUUCCUCAAGAAGCCUGUCUUUCCUAUACUCGUUUGCCCGCUGCACCAGAAGUAAACCCGCCGAAUCUCCACCUCCCCCACCGCAACCAUGGCUACCAUCAACGUCCGCCGCGAUGUCACCGACCCCUUCUACCGCUACAAGAUGGAGCGCCUCCAGUCCAAGAUUGAGGGCAAGGGUAACGGCAUCAAGACUGUCAUUGUCAACCUGAGCAGCGUUGCUGGCUCUUUGGCCCGCCCUCCUGCAUAUGUCAUCAAGUACUUUGGCUUCGAGCUUGGAGCCCAGACGAACAUCAAUCCUAGCGACGACCGUUGGAUCAUUAAUGGAGCCCACGAUGCCAGCAAACUCCAGGACUACCUGGACGGCUUCAUCUCCAAGUUCGUUCUCUGCAAGAAGUGCAAGAACCCGGAGACCGUCAUGGAAAUCAAGGACGGCCGCAUCAUGCUCGACUGCAAGGCCUGCGGUCAGCGCUCCGAGGUCGAUCUCCGCUUGAAGCUCAGCUCCUUCAUCCUGAAGAACCAGCCUAAGAAGGGCAAGAAGGACAAGGCCGCCAGGAAGGCGGAGCGCCGCGCCCGCAAGGAGGCCGGCCUAGCCCACCCCGACGAAGGAUCCCAGAACGGCGGUAGCCCUGGUGACAGCGCAUCUGACCAUGCAGAAGAGAAUGGCGACCUCGAGAUCGAGGCUGGUAGCGACGAUGAGCUCACUCGCCAGAUCAAUGAAGGAGCCAAGGAGAUUGAAGUUGUUGAAACAGAGAAGGAGGUCAAGUGGGCCACAGACUUCUCCGCUGAGGCUCUUAAAUCUCGCGCCGAGGAACUGCCCGACGAACUCAAGCGCGUCGCCAUUGACGAUAAUGAAGAAGGCGAGGGCGGUGGAUCCAGCUCCUACGACGAAUUGGGCAAAUGGGUCCUGGACACUGCUGCCGACAAGGGCGGCGUUGAGAAGCUUGACAACGUCGAGAUCUACCUCAAGGCCAAGGAGCUCGGCAUCGAGAGCAAGCACCGCACCCUCACCGUCCUCGCUCAGACCUUGUUUAGCGAGAAGAUCGUCAAGCAGAUCGAGCCCCGUGCUCCGAUGCUUAAGAAGAUGAUCACUUCUGAGCGCCAUGAGAAGGCCUUCCUCGGCGGUACCGAGCGCUUCGUAGGCAAGGAGAAGCCCGAGCUUAUCCCUCAGGUCUCGGCUAUCCUGCUCAAGUACUACGAGAGCGAUCUUAUCUCCGAGGAAGUCCUCAAGGCUUGGGGCUCCAAGGCUAGCAAGAAGUACGUCGACAUCAAGAUCAGCAAGAGCGUUCGUAAGUCGGCCGAGAAGUUCAUGGAGUGGCUCGAAAACGCCGAGAGUGACGAGGAGGACUCGGAGUAACCCGGUCUUCAUCGCUCGGGUCCUAUUCUGCAUUACACUCCUUGGACCGAUGCUCCGCUUGGCCAUCGUCAGCCUUUGCUCCGUGCUCAAAUUGUCUUGUGUUUGCUAUUUUGACUUCUGGACGGCGUGUGGAUAGCUCUGCUCCUGUCUCUGCGUAAUGGUUUGAAGAUAUGUGGUGGGUGCAACUGGACUCUCCCUUCUUGCUACUCCUACUCAGCUCAAUGAAAAAAUUUGCUUCCGCAUUAUUGCGCGAUCGAGUCGUGAUGUCACAUCCACAUUGAGAUCUCAGACUGAUUCUUUUCAGCUCGGACUUAUGCUCCCAUCCAAGAAACGGAGUCGCACCGCUGAGUAGAAUUAAGAUCGCACUUCCUGGGAAUGGAACUGGUCGUAACAUGUAGUGCAUACUGUGG